UUCAUGUCGGAAUACUUGUUAAUGAUAAGCGGGAAAAUGAUGAAUUAAGUUCUAGUGAGCGAGUAAAUAUGGCAGACAGGACAGAACAUCGGAAGUUAAUCGAACAGGCCCAGGAACUGACGACGGAAUAUGUCGAUCGUCUAGAGGUUUGGAUAUCAAGCCGGCGGGCAUCUGUUAAAACAAUUAAAGAGACUGCUUCAGAAAUACAUGGAGUAAAAAUUAGUGUAAACAUAUCCAAGGUGUGUGGUGCUGCUGUUGGCUGUCUUGGUGGCAUUGCCGCUUUGGUAGGAACAGUUGUGACGGGCGGUCUUGCGACGCCUCUUAUGAUCGGAGGAAUAGCUGCAGCGUUCACAGGUACCGCAACAUCCACCGGGGCGGGGUUCGUCGGUCAGUAUAUUUCUAGUAACAAAAUUAACGAUGUCCAAAAGAUAUUGGAUGCUGACAAUCAACUUAUAAAGGAAAUUGAAGAUAAGAAAGCUGUUGUGGACGUCAAGGUCUUGGAGCUGAGCAAAGUCUUACAUCUGAGCGAACAUGAGGUUUUCGGAGCAUUGUUAAUGUCUUCCUUGCCUAGAAUAAGAGGAUUUGUCCGUAUGGAUAACAUUACGGUGUUCCAACUUGUUGUUUCCACGGGGCUGGUUGGCAUGCUGCACCUAUCAUUCCAAAGUGGAUCAAUUGCUGUGAAGGGCAUGGGAGCUUUUGCUGUAGUGUCCCUAAAAGGAUUAUCAAAAGUGCUCGGCGCGAUGGCGAAAGGAGUGGGUGCCGGUGCUGUGAUAAUUCUGGACAUCUGUUUUCUCAUUGAAAACUCGAUUGAGUUGUCUAAAGGAUCACCUUCUAGAGCGGCCGAUUCGCUAACAGAAAUAGCCAUUCAACUGGAGAAGCAAGCAGAUGAUGUGGAAACAUCCCUUAAGAUAAUAAUGGAAGAAGUUAAACAAUACGAAAUGGAGGUUGAGAGUUUUCGAACACUUUUGGAAACAGUUGCGCUUCAGGAUUCCGCUACAGAUGAACAGGCUAAAGUUAUAGCCAGAUUCAUUCGCAAUCAUUCGAGUUCCGAAUGGUGGUCUGCUUUUCUAUCACUGGACGUUGAUCUGCAAGAGUUCGCAUUCAAAAUUGCAAACGUAUUCCUCAACUUUAUAAAACUCAUUGAAAAUUACCAAAAAGAAGACGAACAAAAAAAAAAAAAAAAAAAAGAGAGAAGGAGAAUAAGAAAAAUGAGACCAGAGAAGCUGCCACAUUUGAAUAUCACCCUCAUUGCACAUGGGGGAAUCGACCCGAGAGUGAACUAUCCGUCUCGGAUGUAUUAUAUGACGCCGGCGAUGAAGUCGGUCCGCUGUUAUUCACCCUGGGGAUGUGUGAUCAAUGCACCGGUCGUUUACGGUAUCGCUACAAACAAGAUCGAGAUAGACACAUGUAGAUUCUCUGGCCCCGUUGUUCCCAACAUACCAAUUUCCUUCAAUACGCUACCUGACAAUAUGGAUUUGACUCCAAUGGUGAUGCUCCGUCCGGUUACGAUCGGAGAAGACGCCUACCAAGCUUUGAUGGAUCUAGCGCGUGUUCUGCGAUACCCUGUCGAUGGUCUGGUCAUACCUUACGUCACUGUUCAUGGAGUCCACCUUCCUGAUAUUCCCCUUUGGCUUUGCAUCAGCGUCCUCGGAAUGGCCGCUUUAGUUCUGAGAACAACGGUGAGUGUGAGAGUAGCCGCAUGCCUUUCCCCAAUGAAUAUAAAUGCCAUUGCUAGAUUACUUGAGCCGAACGGGUGUUAUCCAGGCCUAACACAAUAUUGUCAAGUGCCCAUGAAUAGGUGGCCACCAAUAUAUAUGACCACAAGCUUCCCUCCGGAAAUGAGAAGAGAAGAUGCAGAGGAAUUUGAAGGGAUAAUUCGACUUUUAUUUCCCAAAUAUCCCGAAAGAGGAAAAGACAAAAAAGAAGAAGAAGAGCAGCAUUAAUUAUUUGAACGUGUUUCACUUAUGGCAAGUGCUUCCUUCUUUUUUAUCAUAGACGGUUAUGAGGAUAUUAUUUUUCAAACACGAACGACAGAAACAGUUUUCAGUAUCUUAAAUAAUUUACGGCAGUGAAUGACGGUGUAUUUGAUAUAACAGUUUUUCUUGUUAACAUAAACUGCAAAUAUUGCAAUAAAGAUGGAAAGGUGUGUGGGUAUGGUCAAACAAAAUAGUAGACUCGUGUUUCAGGGACCACUGACCGUGCUCACUGACCGUUUCAAUGCAGUAAAUCCAUCAUUUAUCGAUGAAAUUAUUUCGAUGCGUUUGUGGUCUUUUUACAUUGUUUGUACAUGUGCAUGUCGGUUUUGCUAUUGCAUUGUGCCUUUUAAAAGGGCUUAUAUUUAACUAGUUUGACUACUAUGCAUUUCCUGUAGCUUUUAUUGUUUAUUGUAGUGGUAUUUAAGAUGGUUGUGUGCGCGAUAAAAAGCUACAUUAACGCGGUUAAUUAUUGAUUAUGUCUUUGACAAAAUUACCGCUUAAAAUAGAUUAUAAUACUUUGUAAAAAGUAGCAAUGCAGACACGAGUGGCGAUAUUCAUAUCUCCAACAUUUUAGAUUUUCUCUCACAUUCCGACUGCUUUGGACGUUGGCGCCAUCUUUUGGCGUUCCUGUCAGUGUGUUAUAUUUAAAUCCGUUACUCAGAGAGUUGUUAACAGUUUGGUAUGCAGGACAGCAUUUAUCCGCCAUAAAUAAAGGUCUAUUGAUGGUUGGUUCUUUUUUUAAUGUAGCCUUAACAGUUCGAAAAGUGUCGAAGCACAAAUUAUGACUUGUUUACUGUUUCUCUCUUAUUGUUCAUCUAACAGCGUUAUCGAACAUGUUUAAUACUUAUGCUCAUAGUUACGUUGUUUAUUAUAUGUGUUAGGACUAAAUCAUUUAUAAUUUGUUAUGGAAUAACAAAAUAGUUAUAUAUCUUUACACAACCGACUAAAGAUAAUGUCAUUAAACGGAUCAGUCUUAGCCAUGCUAUUUGUUUUUUAGGUAAUGUUUAAUGCUGUAGUGUGUAUGCAUAUAUAUAUGUAAGAUUUCAAUGACUGGAAGAUUUUCACAAGAACAAUAAAAUAUACUCAG